UUCAUCCUCCAUCCUCCAUCCUCCAUCCUCCAUCCUCAUCAAACCCUCCCCCUCCCUCCCGUCGUCCUUUCACUUCAUCUCUUCCCCCCUUGGGCCUUCGCAGCAAGCCCUGAAGUUCGCAGACCCUUCUUGUCUCGUUUAUCUCGUUCUAUUUCACACUCAGUCCCCCACCACCCCCAUCCAUCCUAUCUCCCUCCUACCGCGGUCUCGACUCUCCGUCGUGAUCUGAUCGACUUCUUAGUCCAAGCCAAAACAGCCCCAUAACCCCAGAAAACUCGGUUCUUCACGAGCACAGCUUUAGCUUUUGCUUUAAAACGCCAGAAUGUCGAAGCUUUUUGUUGGUGGCCUUGCAUGGCAUACAACCGACGAGACCUUGCGCGUAGGGUUUGAGAAGUAUGGUACUAUUGAGGAAGCGACUGUUGUCAAGGACCGCGACACAAACCGCAGUCGUGGAUUCGGUUUCGUCCGCUUCGCUAGUGACACUGAGGCGGACACCGCGAUGAACGCAAUGAACAACCAGGAGUUCGAUGGCCGUGUCAUCCGAGUCGACAAAGCCUCUGACCGUUCUACCCAGCGCAAUGACGGCUUCCAUGGGCGUGGCCAGUACAACCGCUUCGAUGGCGGCGGUGGUGGAGGCGGCUACCGCGGCGGUAGCGGCUAUGGCGGAGGUGGAGGAUAUGGUGAUCGCCAAGCUGGCGGAGGCGGUUGGGAUAAUCACCAGCAACAUACGUAUGGCGGCGGCCAGGGCCAGUGAAGUGCUUGGGCCUAGAUAAUUACGAUUAAGCGCACACGGUCGGAGACAGCAAUUUUUCCCAAGCUAACGUCAAACCCCUUUUAUACCCCGAAGUACCUCUCACGAAGCCCCGAUCUCUGCACAUCAGUUUCACCAAGGUGUCGACGAUACAAAGAACUAUGAGAACAUGAGACAGCAAUCAACGAGCCACGAUCAGAACGAUUAAAAGAAAAUCGGGAUAUUAUGGAACAUGUACCCCUCGAUUCAUUAUUCAUCUAUUUUAAUUAUAUCUUCAGGCUCUUUCAUCCCGCUCUAUACCAUGUAAUUGGCAUCGAAAUGAUUUUUUUCCCCUUCCAUUUUCUUGUACCCUUUACGCGGCGAUACACGACUUCGACCUUCCACAUUGCAUCCCAACGAUUCCCACUUGUGCUGUAGUUUCUAUCUAAAAAAAAAAGCCUCCAGACUCAUUUUGCAGCUCCUGGUUUGUUAUAUUUCUGAACCAUAAUGCCAACUAUCAGUCCCUGGCGGUGGACUUCAUAUUUUUGAGGGUUUAAUUGAUUCAUUUUUUGCUUUUGUCCGUAUCGCUAUUGCUGUCUCGUGCGUUUUAUCAGGUUUCAUCCCCUACUCUACUACUAUCUCCGCUCCUCAACGACUAGCUAGCUAAUCCCUUGCCCUUAUUAUUUUCUUUUUCUAGCCCAACCGUCUCUAAGAGCACUGUUUCCUCUAUUUCUGACCUUAACCACAACCUAACGCGUUCUACGGUUUAACUCUGAUCCCUGCUUGACUGAUUCUACCCCUGAACACGCAUGAAUUCCUUGCUGCUUCAUCCACGUUGCUAAAUUUGUAUCGUUUUGUCCUUGUUUAUUGCGUAAUUUCUCCCCUGCCUUUUUUGUCUAAGAGACGGAACUGAAAUCGAAAGUGACGAAAUUUGAUCAACUGGAGAAAAAAGAAAAAUUGAAUAGCGAAGGAAUGAGAUGUGUCUACACUUUAUCCUGUUUCCGGUCCUGUUUCUUUCCCUGUUCUAUUUUGUCCUCUAUUGGAUCCUAGCUAGCCUCCUCCUUUUCCUUUUAAAUGCUAGUUAUGCAAAGCUAUGAUGUUUUUCUUCGCGGACCGACGGACUGGCAAAAGCUCCCUCCUACCUCCUUUCCUUUGUCCAUUUACUACUCUUGCCUUUCUUUUCCUUUUCACGCUUUCCUUUCAAGCUUACAUAUUUCCAUGCCCAUCCUACUGUGCGCAUAAGGUUUACAGGUAUGGUAUCACAGGCCACCGAUAUUCAUGGAUGUGAGUAUAAUGUAGUGGAACGUAUGAGAGAUUGGUGUAUGGGAAGCUCUUCCCAGCGAUACACCACUUGGGAUUUGACAGAGCAGAUGACAGAAAUGUUCAGACGAUCACGGGUAAAUUGGGCGGACGGGAAAGGUCAAGAGGUUUGUUCGCGCCAUGGUCUAUUCGCCCAUUGCCACUGCUUAUAGUACUUCACCUCACCAUACCAUACCGCAGCGAACCGCACGACACAAAAAAUUCCGGAACAUCUAGAAGCUCUAAUUCUAUAACCAAACCCGCACUCAGUUCUAUCCCCAUAAAACAUGGGCCACAACUCUCAAAACCCCGACCCAUUUCCUCCCUAUUCCGCCCCCACAUCCCCACCCUCAAACUCCUCCAUCCGCUCCACCUUCUCUCCCUCCCGCAUCUCCGGCCCCGGCAAAUGUUCCAGCACAAUCUCACUCUUCCUCCGAUCCGCCUCACUAAUCUCCCUCCCCUCAAUAGCCCUCACCCUCCUUGCCAAAUCGGCAAUAUGGCUAUCUACAACCCUUCCAACCCCGUCCCCAUCCCCAUUCCCGUCCAGCCCGCCAGCAAACUCAGGCCCUUCCAACGCUUUCUCCAACAGGUACAAAUACUCACGAUUCUCCCCGCUCUGCCCGCAGCUCUGGCUGAUGACACGCGCGACGUUGGCCGGGUCGCGGUCUGUGGGGUUGCGGAGGAAUUGGGCAUUUGUGGGCAGGCCGAUGUAGACCAUGCAUGUUAUGGGGGAGGUUGGUGAAGUGAUGGUGGUGUUAUUGUUGUUAGUGGUGGUGGUGGUGGUGGUGGAUGAUGGUGCUGGGUGGAAAGGGGUGAAGUGGACGGUGUAGCCGUCUAUUUCCCUAUCGUCUAGGUAGGCGUGGACUUCCUCUGCGUGGGAGGCCGGGAUGUGAUAGGCUGCGCCCCAGACGGUAGAGGGUUUGGAGUUGUUUGAUUGGACAUCACGUUGCUGUUGUUGAUUGUUAGAAAAAGGGGGGUUCGGUCAUAUAUGGUGGGGGUUUGCUUGUUAGGGGGAUGAUGGGUCGUUCUUUAGAAGUGCUAACCGGGUCUGAUAGUGUUUCCCAGAAUGAUUGUUCGAUUACAGUGACAACCCGCCCGGGUGAUUCAGGGGUUCCUCUGUGGUCUCCGCUGUUUGUUUUCAUGAAAAAUAUGAAAGUUAGUGAUAUUGGCACCCUAGCUUUGGCACGAGUGCGUCAUAUAAAGGAGCAAAAAGCCCCGGGUAUCAGGUAUGAAGGCCUUUCUCAUCAGGUCCGUUAAACAAAAGUGAAUAUGUAGCCAUACCUCGCCUUCAAAUAGUAAAAAAAAGAACACCAAAGAGGAAUAUCAGCUUCCCGUCUCUCGUCUACAUAUACCUCAUGAAGAGUUCAAAUAACACCACGUCGUAGGUAGAUCAUCCAUUUUCUAAAUAAAUCGAAAGACAUACCUGCCAGAACCGUCGAACAUAGCCUUCUAUGUAUCCGAGCAAUCUUUGAUCUACGUAAACGGUUAGUAGAGGCUUUACUAGAUACAAUUUUUUAUAGUUUAGGG